UUCGCGCUCACACCAUUUCCGCUAAUGAAUAACCUGGCACGAGGAAAACUCUCCACCGACCCACCUCAGCAAGCUACCAACGUUUACGUGCCUUGCCGUCCAUCCACAAUGACACCUGAGACUACAGCUGCGUGCCGAGUGAUGGUGAGAGAGUGCGUCCUGGGGUCCCGCUGGCUGAUGGCUGCGCUCACGAUUCUGUUGCUGCUUUCCACGACGGUCACCUGCGUUCACAGUACCACCGUGGAGCACGACUUUCACAUCGUUCACAAUGUCGACAACAGAAGUCCAGAAAUAGAUCCAUUCUGGUACGUGGGGCGUGGGGUAAGGCCCAUCGGGCGUUUUGGGAAGAGGCAGAGCGGAGGAGGGGGCAGCGGAGGGCUCAGACACCCUGGGGCGAUGGUCAGCACACUGGAGAUUCUCCUCGACAUCAUCAGGAACCAGGAGAACAUCGGGAAGACACUUAGCGGAGAGGACGCCGACUGGCUACCAUGACAACAUGCUUGGCCGCUCGCCCGCCCCCACCAUCUGUGUCUGUGAACGUGUCUUUAUUUAAUCAAGUAUUGUCUUUCUUUGUCUCUAUCUCCUUUUUCUUUCUGUCAUUCUUUCUUUCUUUUCAAGGUUUGCUCUCAAGCCUACAGUAUGUCUUAGUCUAGGGACCUCUAAACUGGCUGACCAGUUGUAGUCUGUAUGGUACAUACUGAGAAAUGCAAUCUAUAUUGAUUAAUAAAUUAAGAUAGUAACA